AUGCAGUUCAAAAAGUUCCUAGAUGUGCUGAAGCAACUACAUGUAAACAUACCUUUGGUGGAAGUUCUAGAACAGAUGCCGAAUUACGUAAGAUUCCUAAAGGAAAUACUCACCAAGAAGAGAAAGCUGGGAGAGUAUGAGACUGUGGCGAUGACCAAGGCAUGCAACAAUAUCCUCACGAGCAAAAUUCUAGCGAAGAUGAAGGACCUUGGAAGUUUUACGAUACCUGUUUCCAUUGGAGGACAAGAAAUAGGACUUGCAUUAUGUGAUUUGGGAGCCAUCAUCAACCUCAUGCCCUUAUCCAUCUAUAACAAGUUGGGUAUAGGAGAAACAAGGCCUACAACAGUGACACUGCAACUUGUAGACCGGUCCAUCACGCAUCCGGAAGGGAAAAUUGAAGACGUCUUGAAACUAGUAGCAGAUCUACCAAUGGAAAAGGAUCAGAUGUUGCUGAGCAUGCUCAAAACCCAUCAGAAGGAAAUUGGAUGGACUAUUGCAGAUAUUAGGGGAAUAAGCCCCAGCUUUUGCAUGCACACGAUUGUGCUGGAAUAA